AUGGAUGCCCGAAGCGCCUACGACAGGUUACAGGUCUGGUUUGGGAUGGACUGGAGUGGUAUUGACGCUCUUGCGCCGAAGCCUGGCGUUCUGUCUCCAUUCAAGUUGUUGGUCGCAUCCGUGAUGCAAGAGGCGUGGCCUUAUGUCACCAGGCUAGCAUCGGAGCUUGACGACAUCUUCUUCCUGAUGCCGUUCACCUGGAAACAGCUGGCCAAGUUCACAGACCAGAGAACACCAGCUGACGUCCCAAUCAUCGCUGUACCAAUCGAUGCUGAGGACUAUCCAGUGCCAAACCGUGUGCCAGGCUCAAUCCUGUUUAGGAUUGAGGUGCAGAAUCGGCGCAGCAACCGAGACAAUGGCUCCUUAUGGGUUGAGCUGCCAGCUGAGAAGGACUUUCCGUUUGCAGAAAUAUCAGACGGGUGGGAG